AUGUGCACAAAUAUGAGAGCCCUGGAGCUGAAAACCGAAGGAUUUACGGUGAAGUCAACAAUGAAGAACUCCGUGGUUGUGGGACCGCCGGCAGCGGGGGCCUUCCGGGAGAGGCCGGCCAAGCCCACUGUGUUUCGCAAGUUCUACGAGAGAGGAGACUUCCCCAUCGCUCUGGAGCAUGACACCAAGGGAAACCGCAUUGCAUGGAAGGUGGAGAUCGAGAAGCUUGACUACCACCACUACCUGCCUCUGUUCUUUGACGGGCUGUGUGAGACGGGGCACCCCUACGAGUUCUUGGCCCGCCAGGGGGUCCACGACAUGCUAGAGCACGGGGGCUCCAAGAUCCUGCCAGUCAUCCCCCAACUCAUCAUCCCCAUCAAGAAUGCCCUGAACACACGGAACAGGCAGGUGAUCUGCACCACGCUGAAGGUGCUGCAGCACCUGGUGGUGUCUGGAGACAUGGUGGGAGAGGACCUGGUGCCUUACUACAGACAGAUCCAACCUAUCCUCAACAUCUUCAAGAACAUGAACAUGAACUCGGGGGAUGGCAUUGACUACAGCCAGCAGAAGAGGGAGAACAUCGGAGACCUGAUCCAGGAGACCCUGGAGGUGUUUGAGCGCUACGGGGGCGAGGACGCCUUCAUCAACAUUAAAUACAUGGUGCCCACCUACGAGUCCUGCAUGCUCAACUGAGUGGAGGGACACAGUUGCAACCACCCAACAUCAUUAACUCACCCUCAACCCUUCAACCACCCAACAUUAUUAACUCCCCCUCAACCCUUCAACCACCCAACAUCAUGAACUCAGCCAACAUCAUUAACUCACCCUCAGCCGUUCAACCACCCAACAUCAUUAACUCACCCUGAACCCUUCAACCACCCAACAUCAUUAACUCACCCCCAACCCUUCAACAUCAGUAACUCACCCUUCAAUCACCCCAAAUCACUAAC